ACAACAUCAUACUAUUCUGCAGCAGCCGUUUUGUCUUCCUUUUUAUUUCUCACGAAAUCCGAUCUCAUUGCACUCCUUCGUUGUCCAUCACCUCGCGGCCGCUACACUACAUCAAACACCCCGGCGGUCUCCUCGCUUAUUUUACAUGUUCAUUUGCUCGAUACUAACAGCGUUUCAAAUACUCAUCAGACUAGCCAUGGGCGACCCGAAUGCCGAACGCACUUUCAUCAUGAUCAAGCCCGACGGUGUGCAGCGCGGACUUGUCGGCAAGAUCAUCAAACGUUUCGAGACCAAAGGAUUCAAACUGGUCGCUAUGAAAUUCGUCUGGCCUUCCGAAGAAUUGUUGAAGAAACACUAUGCCGAUCUUUCUAGCAAAGCAUUCUUCCCAGGUCUUAUCAAGUACAUGUCAUCUGGACCAGUUGUUCCCAUGGUAUGGGAAGGAUUAGAUGCUGUGAAAACUGGACGUUUCAUUCUUGGUGCUACUGAUCCGAAAAACUCAAACCCUGGUACUAUUAGAGGAGAUUUAUGUAUUCAAGUUGGCCGUAAUAUAAUUCACGGAUCGGAUGCUGUAGAAUCUGCUAACAAAGAAAUUGCUUUGUGGUUCUCUGAAAAAGAAGUAGUCCCAUGGACAAAAGAUAUCGACUCAUGGGUCUAUGAAUAAAUAUAAUAAACAUGGUAUUAAUUUAUAAGUUAAGUUCGAGCUUAAAUUAAAUCCAAUUUUGGGUUAUGUACGUGUAAUUGUGCAUUUUAAUAAAGAAAUUCUUAUAAAAUA